AUGCAUUUUUUUUUCACGGCCCUAUCGCUUUUAUGGGCGGUUUCUCGAGCAUCUUUCUUGCCAGGUAUCUCUCCCACCAACUACGAUGCUAAGUCUGAGAUUGCUUUAUAUGUCAAUCAUUUGACGCCUUCGAGACAUUUCCAACAUAAGGACAAGGACGGAAACAAUAUCAAGAGUGAUAAGGAACAUUAUUUGUACUCCUAUGACUAUUACAAUAGUAAGCUGCAUUUUUGUAAACCUGAAAAUGUCAUUGAGCAGGCUGAGUCUCUGGGAUCUGUUCUGUUUGGUGACAGGCUCUAUAAUUCGCCAUUCAAGCUAAACAUGCUCGAGGAUAAGAGCUGUGUUUCUCUGUGCAAGAGUGUCAUUCCUGGGGAAGAUGCAGCUUUCAUCAAUAAGUUGAUUAAAAACGGCUUUCUACACAACUGGCUAGUUGACGGACUACCUGCUGGGACUCUUAUUAACAACGAACGGGAAUCUUCGGCGCAUAUUACGAACGGGUUCCCUUUGGGUUCAGUAGAAAUCAUGCAAGGAGUGCAUAAUGGUGCUAUGGCCACCCCUCGAGAGGAGACUGGUAUUUCAGCUCAUGGCUCUAACGUUGUGGUCAACCUUGAGCUGCCUCAUUUGAAUAAUCAUUAUGAUAUUACGAUCCAGUACCAUGAACCAGAGGCUGGCAAGUAUCGUAUAGUUGGGGUUGAAGUUGAACCUAAAUCAAUCAAACAAACCUCCAAUUCAUGCGAAUUUACAGGCGAGCAAAUUAGUUUAUCGGAAGAUCAAGAUAACGAGGUCUUGUACACUUACUCUGUGAGGUACGUAAGAUUUAGUCAUACUUGGGCGACCAGAUGGGAUAACUAUAGAUUUUCUUAUGACACAACUGUACAAUGGUUUUCUUUGAUAAGUUGCGUGAUAGUAGUUAUUGGAUUGUCUUCUGUGGUAUUGCACAUGUUGUUACGCGCAUUGAAGAGUGAUUUUGCUCGUUAUAACGAGCUCAACCUGGAUGACGAGUUUCAUGAAGAGUCGGGAUGGAAACUAAGUCAUGGUGAUGUUUUCCGUAUGCCUAAUAAAUCCCUGUUGCUUUCUGUGCUGGUGGGAUCCGGUGUACAGCUUCUUUUGCUGGCCGUAGGCGGUAUUGUGAUAGCAGCCAUUGCUUUCAACAACGCAGGCUCUAGAGAGGUGUUGCCAACGAUAUUUUUUGUCCUAUACGCAUUGUUUGGCUUUGUGGGCUCUUACGCAUCUAUGGGGGUCUACAGGUUUUUCAAAGGUCCCUAUCCAAAAGUCAAUAUGAUAUUAACACCUUUUUUGAUUCCAGGUCUGAUCCUUCUAACAAUCAUCUCAUUGAAUUUUUUCCUUCUAAUCGCGCAUUCAUCUGACGCAAUUCCCUUUAGCGCUCUGUUUGCCGUUGUAUUACUUUGGCUCAUCAUAUCCGUUCCAUUGUCACUUGCUGGAUCAUUGACUGCAAUUAAGACUUGUUCCUGGGAUCAGCAUCCAACGAAGACCAAUCAAAUUGCGAGACAAAUUCCAUUCCAACCUUGGUAUUUGAAGACACUCCCAGCAGCCUUAGUAGCGGGUAUCUUUCCAUUUGCUUCGAUUGCAGUAGAACUGUACUUCAUUUACAAUAGCUUGUGGUUUCAUCAGUUUUUCUACAUGUUUGGCUUCUCAAUGGUCUCUCUGUUUCUGCUAGUAUUGACUACAGCUCUGGUGACGGUCAUGAUAACCUACCAUUCAUUAUGUUUGGAAAAUUGGCAAUGGCAAUGGAGAUCAUUUAUUGUUGGAGGUUUGGGGAGCGCCGUGUAUAUUUUCAUCCACUCAAUUUUCUUCACUGAGUUUAAGUUACGUGGUUUCACCACCAUAGUGCUUUACGUCGGCUACAGCAUGCUGAUAUCGAUACUAUGCUGUCUCACCACGGGUGCUGUCGGCUUUUUCAGCAGCAUGUUCCUUGUUCGGAAGAUUUUCUCAUCUGUGAAAGUAGAUUGA